CACACCCUCAAUGUCCUGCCUUUUGAAUCUUCAUUCCUGAGAAGCAGCUUUCAUUUUAACCCCAAACGCAGAAGGGGAAUUACUUAUGGAUAGCAACAGUGCCGCAAGUGCUGAGGUUGUCUGCAACCACACAAAUGCAUGGGACUGGGUUUACACCAUGCAGCCUGCCUACAUGUCCAUCAUCUGCCUUCUGGGAGUGAUCGGCAACUCCUUCGUCCUUUGUGUGUUCUGUUUCCAGAAGAGGCGAAGCUCCGUUGCCGACAUCUACCUGAGCAAUCUGGCAGUGGCCGAUCUCCUCAUGGUUUCCUGUCUGCCGUUCUGGGUCGCAACCAUCAUCGACAAGUUCCACUGGAGAUUCGGCGAGUUCAUGUGCCAGCUUGUCGGCGUUGUCAUUGGGAUGAAUUAUUACUGUAGCAUGCUGUUCCUCACAGUUGUGAGUGUGGACAGAUAUGUGGCCCUGACCAGACCGCUGUCCCAGGGAAGGCAGAGACAGGCCUUCUGGGCACGUGGUAUUUGCUUUGGUAUCUGGAUCGUUGGGAUCUUGCUCAGUUUCCCUGCUGUCCUCUUCCGCUCUGUGCAGUUCUUUCCUCACCUGGGCAUCGACGCAUGCUACCUAGCAUACCCCCAUGAAGGGUGGAGACUGCGCUACAACAUAACUGUCAGUAUAGUUGGCUUUCUUAUCCCCGUUCCCAUUGUGUCAUUCUGUAGUUACCACAUCACUAAAGUCAUUCGAAGCAGCCAGAAGAUGAGAAAAGGCAGCAGAGGGAGUGUGGAGAGAAAGGCAGCGCACCUUGUGCUUGUUGUUCUGGCUGUGUUUAUUCUCUGCUGGCUGCCCUACCAGAUUCUGAUGUUCUUGGACACCUUGGAUCACUAUGAAGUCAUCUCUGGAUGUACAUGGGCGCAUGUGUUGGACAUUGGCAACCAGUUGGCUACUUACCUUGGCUACAGCAACAGCUCACUGAAUCCUUUCCUGUAUGUGAUUGUGGGGAAACACUUCAAGCAGAGGGCAAAGGAAGUGUUUCAAGUUGUGGUUUGCAGAAGGAAGCAGAAGCGGAAGAAAUCUGGUGAUUCCAAUGCCAAUCUGAACUCAACUAAGCAAACGGAGAAUACUAAAAUCUAGAUCUCUCUAUACAUACAGAGAACAUGGACUGAAAAGAGUUGUUCAAGAAGUAAAUGCAGUUAACAUGCAAUGAGUGUCUUUUGCAUAAACCUAAAUCAAUCACACUGUUAAUAAGCCUUUGCCAUUUGAGGAAACAUGUUAGGAAAUACACUCAUGUGCCUUCAUUCCAAGAGUUAGAGGAGAAGGCCAAAUCCACCUCCAUGUCUCUAUGAUAAAUUUGAAGCUUUUUCUAACAGCUGUUUAACUUAACAUUGCAAAAACACUCGAGACAUGUGGGGAUGACUCGUCUGCCUCCAUCUAAAGCUCAGUUAUUAACAUGGUGUAGCUUGUUUCUUUAAUCAAUGCAAAAAGCAGACACACCUUCUCUCAAAACCGCAGUAUGCUGUCUUUAUUGGAAAUUUUCAUUUUCUGACUAAAGCAAACAAGAUAUAACAUGUUAAGCAGAGAUCUCAGAAGUGACGGGCAAUGGUUUUGUUUCUGUUUGACAAAGGCAACCUGGCAUUUUGCCCCCAUUUCCCAUCUAGCUAGUUUCAGAAUUACUGUAGAAACAUGAGAAUGCUGCAAAUCUUGUUUGUAACAAUUUGUAAAAACACUGAAGUAAAAUUUAUUGGAAAUUCUGGAACUCUGCUGUUUUGUUUGAGAUGAAUCACAUCUAAAGCUGCCCUUAAUCUGACAAUCCUGAACUUGAGUCCAUGUUUAAUUUUAAUUACUGUGACCUUGAGUUGCCUCGC